GUUUUGUACAGAUGUUAAGAAGCGCGAUGCGCCUGAAUAAAGCCUAAAUUUCAAAGCAACCGUUGUUGGCGUUAUGUAUCACCGAAAUGUAUAUAGGGCAACAAAAGCUCGAUGCGCGGUGAAAGUUUUGCACUACCUUCAGUCGAAGGACAGCAAGCACCCAGUCGACAGGAUGAUCCUAGAGGACACGGUCAAGUUCCGCAAGUGUGCCAAAACGCCCGAAGAUGUGGCGCAAUGGCGGUUGACAUACAAUUUUAUAGUGGAAACGAAGUACUUUCUCGAGCGGUACGAUAGCAUCGUGGAAACGUGGGAUCUCUGUGACAAGCAGUUUCUGAUGUACAUGUGGAACAUCGAAGAGCUGUUGACGAAGCUGCUGUACAAGUAUACCACCGUUUCGACGGAUUACAUCAAACACGCCAGAUUACCAAAGGUGGAAAUAAAGUGCUGUGAUCAUCUGUUCGAAAGCUCCAAGGAUCUCCACAAGCAUUACUACACCGUUCAUCAUACACCGGGGCGCGUUAACGAUGUUCGUUUUUGUGAAAUGAAGGCUGGACUGGUGAAGCUGGUGUUCUAUAAGAAUAGUUUGAAGUAUUACCUAGAGUUUGGAACUUGGUGCGAUCAUGUGUUGUGCCUGUAUCUGAAGAAAAUCUACCGGAAAGUGAAUGUUACGCUUGAUCCGUUUAGAGAUGCACCGCCUCCCGCACCGGUAAAACCUAAGGCGCAGGAGCCGGAAACGGAAUCCGAGGUGGAAUCAGAACUGGAAUCGGAACCGGAACCACAAUCGGAAUCGCAAACGGCACCGCAAUCGGAACCGCAACCGGAAGCACAACCGGCACCGCAACCGGAAGCACUACCGGCACCGCAACCGGAAGCACUACCGGCACCGGAACCGGUACCGCAACCAGAGCCGGUAGAAAGUGUAGCUUAAUAAAGGGAUAUUAAAAAAAAA